UCUAUUGUCUUUUGAUUUUAUUAUAAAAUAAACUUAGCCAGUGUUAAAUAUUGUGUUGAGUUAUUAACGGAGAAUCAAUCAUCACUAACAAUAUAUUUGAUAUUUUACGAGAAUUUUACCAUUUUUUGAAGAAAAUGAAUCGCCGCAGUCUACGAAAUCGUAUUUUUGAUGAAAAUGAGUUGGAAAGUGAAAGUUCAGAGCUUGAGACAUCGAGUGAAUAUGAAGAAAAUGACGAUGAGCGAUCUGAAAGAUCGAGUGACGAUAGCCUUGAAAGUGAUUCAUCGGAUAUCGAACCACUGUCACAAGAAAUUUUAGAAGGUAGCGCAGUAAAUCUCGAUAUUCGCAUGAAUUCGAAAAAUGGAUUGAUCGAGUAUACGAAAGAACCAUUUGUACGUGGUAGAAGAUUUUCUUUUCGACAUCAAUCGAAUGUUUCUAAAGGUCCCACUGCUUUUGCUAUUUCUGCGGUUGAUUCUCCUCUAUCGGCUUUUCUUUUGAUCCUUUCGCCAAUUGAAGAGCAUAUUCUCAGAAUGACAAAUUUAUUUGGUGCAAGAACAUAUCGCAACAACUGGGAACAUUUGACAAUUCAGCAAUUGCGUGCGUACUUCGGAUUGCUUCUUCUUGCUGGUGUUUACCGGUCAUAUGGCGAGUGCGUUAUGCAGUUGUGGAAUGUAGAUAAAGGCAGAGCUAUUUUUCGCAAAACCAUGAGCCUUGACAUGUUCAAGAAAAUUCAAAGGUGCAUUCGUUUUGAUGACCGCGAGGAACGUAAUCGGCGUGAUAAGCUUUCACCUAUUCGAUUUGUGUUUGACAAAUGGACUGCACAUCUCAAGACAUUGUAUACUGUUGGAAAAACAGUCAUAAUAAACGAACAACUUGUUCCGUUUCGUGGCCGAUGUGAAAAGUGUGCGAGAUUUAUCUGUGCUAGUCAUAAAUAUUCAAUUUGCCAUAAUUGUGCCUGUCGAAUAGUUUCAAAUUGAAUUUUUACGUUUCCUAAAUAUUUAUUCUUUUUUCGCAUUUUUGUUUUCAUUUAACAUCGUUUUGAAAUUAAAAAUCAUUGUAUUAAUGAGGAAUGAAUAAACAAUAAAAGUCGUGCAAAAAAUGUAUGGGUCUGCUUUUUCU